AUGCAGAGGCAAAAGAAAAAUGAAAAAUCCGUUCCUGGGACGAAGAAAAUGGAAGCAGGAGCGGCUGGGGUGAGCAAGGGUUCCCAGGCUCGCUCCCCUGCUUCCAGAUCCGCCUCGCGGCUUGUUUCGCCGCUUAAACUAUCGUUGGUGGCGUCGGGGAAAUCCCUCCCUACCUCCCUCCCGGUCUCCCGCCCGAAAACUUAUGCUUGUGCGGCCGCGACCCGUCCGCAGCUUCCUGAGGGCGGCGGGACCGCGACCGCACUAGCCGGCACUCCUGUGUGCGGCUCAGAGUGCUCCGAGCACUCGGCAUGCUCGGAGCACAGCGCUGUGUCUCCCGCGAGCGGCAAGGACCUCCCUGCAAGCCGCUCGCGGUCUCACUCCAGAGCAGCCCGGUCGCUCACUUACAAAAGCGACCGGGUUGCAAGUAAAGGGGAGGGCAGUGCGAGGUCACGCUCCCCGUCGGGAUCCUCAGCCUCCAGGCUGUCGGUCCCGGCGGGGGGGGCCUCUGCUGUCCGACCCAAAAUAUUUAAAGGGGCAGCAAGGGCUACAGUAAGCCCAGAUGAAAAUCCUAUGGAAAUAGGGGCUGAAGUGCUCCAAAAAAGUGCCUUCUCUGCACUACCACAGAGAACACGUUAUGUUGCCACAACAAAGAUGGCUGACAGUCCAGAUACUGUAUAUUCCACUUCCAAGAUGGCCGCUGCCACCUCCAAUAUGGCUACUACCACAUUUAAAGCUGCGACCUAUAAUCCUAAUAUGCCACCUGAAUAG